AACAAAGGUCCACUCAAGCCACCGAAAGGAUAAGAACUCGCUUCCACUCGCUUGAACUUGGCUAUCGUCCACAUCUGAAGCAUCGUCGUUCCCGAACGGCCCGCGCCGUUUACUACCACCACCACUUUACCUGCAAGGAUGUGCUCUAACGACGUUUGCUCUGAAGACUCGUGCUGGAUUUGCCUUGCGGGCGCCGAGUCUGGGCCUCUUGAACGGCCGUGCCGCUGCCCCCGCUCCGUCCACCUGUCCUGUCUUGGCCGGUGGCAGCUGCAGCAGGCUGGUCGCUCGGAGGAGCAGCGCUGCCGCUUCUGCACUUGUGUGCUUCCGCCGCUCGAGGACAGCCUGCUGCCGCCGCACCUGGCGCCCGUGGCCGCAGCCGUCACACCCUACAUGGCAGUCGUGUACCAGGGGGAGCACUACAAGAUCCCUGUGCGCCCCGGUCUGGAGGGCAUGGCGGAGUUCCGCGCCCGCGUCAAGUGCCUGUUCGGUCUGCCGCACGACUCUGACUUCCAGGUGUCGUUCGAGUGCGCGGCGCCCACCAGCGGUGAGAAGCUCACACUGCGAGGCAUGGGCUGCUUCAACGCCGCCGCCAGCUGCGCAGCCAUCAGCGCAGCAAAGCGCGCCGCCGGAGAGGACGGCGGCUUUGAGUGGAGCGAGGCGCAGCAGCAAGCGCAGCAGGCAGCGCAACAGGCAGCACAGUAGUACGGCAGCCACAACGAGUGCAGGGAGGAUAGCGGCUGUAGCUGUGGACUUGAGCAGGUGGCUGAAGCUGAUGGUAGGCACUGCAUGCCGGUAUAUAAAGUGAAUACGGUUUCAACAACCUCUGGAGGUGUUCUAGUUAGUUCUGCUUGGUGGCGCUGUUAGGCUAGCAUAAGCGUGUAAGCACAAUUUGAGGCAAGUGCCGCUCUUAUAAGAAAAUGAUAAAACUGCGGAUGCAUAUACGGUAAUGUAUCGUACAUUAACUCACUUGCUGAGAGUGUGUUAUGCUGUACGAUGUGUUCGCACGUCAGCCGUGCAGGGGCUGGCAGGGGUCGUGUUUGUAGUCGUGUGGCCAGACGUGGCGGUUGAUGUACAGGGCUGGCACAUACUGGUUAUGCCCAAUGCUGUCUGCUGACCUUCAUGUUUGACAGACCUGGGCCAUGCUGCAUAUCCUUGUCGAUUUGUAAACCGGUCAUUGCUUCUCGAUCUUGCACCUGUUGAACGCUGCCGUGUCAUCGAGGCGAAUGGGACGGACCUUGAGCCCUGGCAUUUCACAAGACCCCGCUUACCGUAUGUUAGGCCGCACGUUGUAACCUGGCAGGGAGCCAGAGAGAACACGCGCACGAUGGGCACAACCGCUGACUGUAGGACAAUGCCUUCACUUCAGACAUGAGUACCUUUCCUGGUACCAGGAGCCUUGCUGCUGCUCACACUCAAGUGCUUGGGGUCCGUCAAGCAACAACCGUGCGAUGGGACAGUGGUAAGGCAGGACAAGCAAACAGCAGGAAAUGCUCUAGCCACAACACUCCUCACUGCUGAGAUUGUAGAAUAGAGAUGAGUAGAAUUCAGCCUCCACGGCCUUAUAGUGCGUGACUACUGAGUAGCUGAGCAAGAGUGCAUGUAACACUUUCAAUGCACCCUCCGACGCAUGCUGCCACGCGCAACCAUGCAAUAAUCAAGCUUAGCGCACAGUAUGAAGGUUACAGGUGUGGUAUCGACGUGCUUGAAAAAACGCAACACGCACAAGCGAACAUGACGUUGUAGAGCCGAGGCCCCCCAACCGCAGGGUAGUGGUGUGGCGGCGGCUGUGAUUGAUCUAACCUACCGGUCAUGAGGACCUGUCAACCCAUCGGCCCGCCACACCCGCCGGUGAAUUGUGCAUAGAUAUCCACUUCCAGGGAUCCCAGCAACAGUGUCUUUAGUUUUGCAUUUGGUGCGCAUGCCGCAGUUCAAUAGUAAGAUGAGUAAGAAUCAGCAGUUCCGCGCACUCGCCACAAUGGGCUCAGCGUACACGCACAACAUAAUGUUCACCUGGAACCACCUGGAUCGUGGUGACUUGAAACGGAUCGAUGCCCAGUGAUCCGGACACAACAGCAGUAAAACCUCAAACCUGUUUUACACAACACCGCAUGACAACUAACACCGGCCUCCUGUAGUGCCAAGUCUGGGGCUUACAACGUAGGACGUCUGAGUCCGUGGCACUCCUGGUACGUGCCGGCAGAGUCUCUGUCUGUCUGUCCGACUCUGGGGCGUUACAGCUGGCGUAACCGCCCGGGGCACAGCUCUGGCGCUGUGUGCAGCAAUCUGUGCUGUUAGUGAGGGUUCUGACUGUGUCCUCAACAUCGGGUUUCUGUAACUGUAUACGAGUCUUCCGACAAGCUGGCACCUGCGCUGGCGUCGGGCAUGGUAGGGUCGGGUGAAGCCUCCGGCG